GUGCAACAUAGUCAAUGACAAGAAGGCAGUUUUGGGUAAAAGCCUGCCUAAAAAGUCUCUGUCGGUGUAAGGAGGUGUGAAUUAAAGUUAAUGUGGUGCUUGUUUAGAGUAUAUUCCAUUUGGAAUAAUGCAUAUGUUUCAUUACACUUAAAAUAACUUAAAGUAAUUAGUGACUCGAACAAUAAUUACUGAAAAUAUCUUACUCCAGUGAUGGCUGAAGACAUUACAACUUUGCACCAAGCGAUUUCUCAGUAUGAAACCCAGUUGUCACAAGUGCAAUUGGCUAUUGCUGCAUCAUUACCAGGCCCUGAUCAGGACAGCCUCAUCUCCCUGCAGUCAGACAUUGAAGAACUGAUUACAUUAACAAAGGAGAACCUGACAGGUCUACUGAAUCAAGCAAAGGAGAUAGACUCACCAGUACAGACACCCAUUCAAGGAGAGGUUGACCACUUUGAUAAAGAAUAUGCUUUGUUGAAGGCAGAGCUGGAAGAUGCUGAAGCUAUAAAUGGCACCACACAAGAAACUGUACAAGAUGGCAGCACAUCUGAUAUCCAGGAAGAUCUGGAUGCAUUGCAGGGGAUGAAAUGUCAGGCCCCCCAUAAACAUCACUGGGGGGAUGUCAGCUACCACAAUGCGUUGGUGUGUGGUGUGGAGCCGACCAGCAGUAUCCACAGCAUGGACCAGAUACAGGUGCGUGUUAUGUUUACCAACCCAACACAGCAGGACAUGCUGCCAUGUCCCUACUUCUUGGAGGGAGACUGUCGUUUCUCUGACCAGCAGUGCCGCUUUUCUCACGGAGAGCUGGUAGACUUGUCGUCCUUGAAGGAGUACAAGGAACCCAACUUCUCUGCUGUCCGUCCAGGACUCCGAAUACUCGUGAAGUAUGAUGACAACCUAUGGCAUAGAGCAGUGGUGCUGACAUCUAGCAGUAAGUCAAAGUGUGAGGUGAAGCUAGAGUCAAGUGGGAAGACAACAGAGGUGGAUCUCCACUGCAUUCUUCCACUGGAUGAUGGGGAGGAUCUUGAACUUGAUAGCAGUAAUGAAAGCAGCGAGGAUGAUUCAGAACUGGAGGCAGACCCUUCACUGGUUCAGCAAUCGCUGCUCACCACGCCCGCCUCAUCAGCCUACGGGGACUGGGAGAAGCACACGAGGGGUGUUGGCUCUCGCCUGAUGGUCCAGAUGGGCUAUGUGAUGGGCACUGGGCUAGGGAAAAAUGGAGAGGGUCGCCUGGAACCCGUUGAAGCGGUUGUGUUCCCUGCUGGCAAGUCAUUGGAUCACUGCAUGGCACUGAAGGAAAAAGCGGGUGGGGAUACAAACUUGUUCAAAGUGGAGAGGAGACUGAAGAGGCUACAGCAGAAGCAUCAACAACAGAGUGAACAGCAGUACGUGCGGGAGAAGCAGCAGACUAAUGUGUUUGACUUUAUAAACAGCAAACUUGGCGGCAAGAGAGGUGAUGUCUGUGAUCUGGUAUCAAAAGCUUCUUCGACGUCUAAACCAUCCAGCAAAGACAAAGGAUUGAAGUCAGAGUCGUGCCGUGGGCUGAAUGUUGUCGGAUUGCGCGUGGGGGAGGGGAUCCGCAGGGCUGAGAGAGACUUGACGCGCCUGCGAGAAUCCCUGUCUCGUCAUGUACGGGGGUCUCCCACAUAUACCAUAAUUUUUAGCAAGAUAGAGGAGAAACAGGAAGAGCUAGACAAACUACGGGCCUCGGAACGCAGUGUUGAUCUAGAGCGAAACCAAAGGAAGGACUGCAAGAAGCUGACUGUGUUCUGAAGCAGUAGCUCAUGUUAAUCUGGAAACUGGAGGCUUGUCCUGCCGAAAUUGUCGGACGUGUACUGGAUCAGCGUAGGUCAUAUGGCAGGCUCUUGUGAUGAUGGUGAUUGACUUAUGGAAUACAAGAUGUGAUCUGUUUUGAACAAUUCAGGACAGGUCCUGGUGAAGGCUUUUGUGGCAACUGUAUCGAACUUGUGGGUUGAGUAACACCACAGAAUUUCUUGACCAUCUGAUUAUAAUCUGCCCUGGGAAGAUCUUGUAGAAUGGAACUGCAAAACAGGAGGCAUUCUGUUCUCUAUGUGCCAUGUUAUUCCUCAGACUUGCAUUUACUUACAAACAUCCUACUUGCAUUUGCUACCCUCCAGGUCACAGGCAUUGUUUAAGAGUAUGAAAUUGUCAACUUGUCAUUCUGGAAUGCUUCCUGGUUACUUCCUGUGGUCCAGUAUUCUGUGUAGCACCUUUUUUUCAGAUGCUCUCAACUUCCGUUCUUGCUUCAGGGUAAGAGAUCAAUUUCCACAGCUGUGUAAACAUCAGGAAAACUUUGGUCUUGUGUAGGUAAUCAUGAGCUGUGUUAGACUACAUACUGGCUGACUGCAAUAACUUCCCGUCCUGCAGAUGCCAGGGUCUAGUUCCCUCAAGCCUUAUCUGUGCGAAGGUUAAGAAUGUGUGGGUCACUGAGGUUGCUCAUAAAGUUUGCAGAGCUCAGAAUUUUUUUUGAGAAUGUGGGAAUAUCUUCACAAGCGAACAGAGUUAAGUCGUUACUGGCUUCGGUUUUGUGAAACUGGAUUAUUAUGCUGAUUCUUAUUCUGAUGAUUGUUAUUUGUGUCAUCACUAAUGAAGCUUUAGUACAGUGAUCCAGUAGACUUUGCUGAUCUCAGUGGUUGCACGGUCUAAGGUGUGGGGAUGCUGGGUUUGAGGGUUUAAAUCCCAUUUUAGGCAUGGGUGUUUGUCCUUGACUUUCUAUAUUGUGCUGACCUGUGCAGGCUGACCCGUUGUCCGGGGAGUCUUACUGACGAGAAAAUGGUUCUGAAACCUCACAUAAGGAGACAGUCAGUGAUAUAUCAGAAAUGCCCAAGUUAUGGGGAGGAAUCGAACGGGUUUUAUAGUAGUUAGUCCAACACACUUCAUUAAUUUGUUACUCUAAAGGUUGUGAUAGCGGACAUUCCCUAUGGGCAACGACAGCUCAUGGUCACAAGCCGGAAGAUGACAUUUGACAUAUUCAAUGCCUCGAGAACCUCAAACCUCAUGCAUUAUUGUCUGUUUUAUCAAACUUACUUCCAGGUGUCUCUACUGACUUGAAGUUCGUUGCGUGUUCUUUAUGGUUUGCCCAAUGAAUUGGCAGUGGAAACUCAUGUAACGUCUGUACAAGUGAAGGUAAGAGUGCUGCGGAAUAAAUAUUGACCUGUAAAAAAUUGUGGGUCAUUACGUUUUGAUUUGCACAUAAUUUUGCCUGUUGUUUUAUAUGGUUAUGAAAUUUGGUCUUACCCUUGAGCAAGGACAUAAAUUGAGGGAGCUGAGGAGAACAAAAUAGACUGAAGUGAGGAAGUAGCAGGAGGAUGGAUAAAAUUGUCCUCUUCAACUAAAAUGUUCGGUUUAUCAAAUCUGUAUGAGACGAGCAGGGCAUGUUGCAUAAACGGGGAUGAUAAAAUUUGUACAAAAUCUGAAAUGAGACCAGUUUUGAAACCUAGCUGUAGAUGGGAGGAUAACAAGUGAAUCUUAGGGAAAUGGGGUGUGAGGUGGACUGGCUUCAUCUGCCUUGGAAUAGGAUCCACUGGUAGUAUCUUGUGAACACAGUAACAUAUCAUAUUAUGAUUCCAUAAAAUAGAGGGAAUUUAUUAACUAGGUGAGUAACUAUUAGCUUAUAAAGACUGCUGCUGUGUGGCGUUAUGCUGAUAUAUGUCCAGUUUGAUGUUGAUGAAGUGUGAAGCCUUGCAAAAAAGUGCCUAUGCCUUUUCUUGUGUAACAGAAGCAACUUCUGAACUGCUGAUGCAUGUUAAGGAUGUAUUUUUCCUUACUGGGCAGCAAGGUGGUUGUGGCCAUGUCUUCAGAAAGCAAUGAUUGUGGAGGUGGCACCAACAGCCAUUCCUUUACAUUGUUUACUGUCUGAUGAGACAGCUUCUGGCACCUUGCACAUCCGGAACUCCCGUGGCCUGUAAUUUUGCCAUCAGUUUCUGAAUACAGCAUUUUUAUCUACCCUAGCACAUGUUCUGAAAUUUCUUCUGCGUUUUCCCCGAAUGACCCCCAUUUGCUGAUGUGCUUGAACAAGAAAGCUCAACGGUUGAGAACACCAUUCAGCUGCAAGAAUGAAACGCGACUGGUUAUAGUUUUCAGUUUUAUGGGUACCAGCAUUUAACGUUCCUAGAACGGGCUGAGACAGUACACUGCUAUUUAUUUAGACUUCACAGAUACGGAAUUUUAAAAAAUCUUUCCUUCAAAGGAACUAAAUUACAAUUCUCUUGUUAUGAAAGAAUUGUGGGGGACUGCUAAAAGAUCAAUUAGUGAAACCCUUAAAUGCUUUAGUGAGAAUGCAAAGUUACUGAAUGUUUGAGCAGGUAGUAGAUAUGGUAGUCUAAAUACUGCUUUAAAGAAUUAAAAGUGUUGAUAAUGUAUGUUUAAAAACAGGCUGUAAGAACUUUUAUUAAUUUAUUACGAACAUGAAAAGAAGUAAAUCUCGAGAUUGGGACAAAUCGUAA